CUUUUGCAGUGGUCUCUAUUUCAUUUUGUAUUCCCAGCUGCAGAACGUAACCACCUCAUAUCAUUCCUUCUUAGUUCAUUUUCUAGUAUAUUUUUGCUGUGUCCCAAUUUUGAAGAUAUGUUCACCAAAUGUUCUGUGAUGCCUCUGCACUUCUAGCAAAAAUCACAGUCAGUCAAUGGCCAAUGAGAACUACACAAGGGUCACUGAGUUCAUUUUCACAGGUUUGAAUUACAACCCUCAGUUGCAGGUGUUCCUCUUCCUGUUCUUUCUGAGUUUCUACGUUAUCAACUUAACAGGAAACUUAGGGAUGAUUAUUCUGAUAUGUAUCAGUUCCCGCCUUCACACACCUAUGUACUUUUUCCUCAGCCACUUGUCCUUUGUGGACAUGUGCUUGUCUUCAGUUGUGAGCCCCAAGAUGCUCACUGACUUCUUUCUGCAGAGGAAAGUCAUCUCUUUCUUGGGCUGUGCUUUGCAGCAGUGGUUCUUUGGGUUCUUUGUGACAGCAGAGUGUCUUCUCUUGGUGUCCAUGGCCUAUGACCGCUAUGUAGCCAUCUGUAACCCAUUACUGUACUCAGUUGCCAUGUCCCAGAGGCUCUGUAUCCAGCUGGUGGCUGGCCCCUAUGUCAUUGGCUUCAUGAACACCAUGACUCAUACAACAAACACAUUUCGCCUCCCUUUUUGUGGCCCCAAUGUCAUCAAUCACUUCUUCUGUGAUGUGUUCCCCCUGUUUUCCCUUGUAUGUGGUCAUACAGGGCUCAUUAAUUUGCUGGUUUUCAUUAUGGCUGGAGCUGUGGGAGUCUUCAGUGGUCUGACCAUUAUGAUCUCCUACAUUUACAUCCUCACUGCCAUCCUGAGGAUCCACUCAGCUGAUGGGAGGCGCAAAGCCUUCUCUACCUGCUCCUCCCACCUGACAGCCGUCUCCAUCAUGUUUGGUACCCUGUUCUUUAUUUAUGUACGACCAAGUGCCAGUUUCUCCCUGGAUCUCAAUAAAGCAGUGUCUGUGUUUUACACAGCAGUCAUCCCUAUGUUGAACCCACUUAUCUACAGCUUGAGGAACAAGGAGGUCAAAGAUGCCCUUCAUAGGACUCUCCCUAGGAAGAUGACUUUUUUGGCCUGA